AUGCCGUUCGUCGAAUCAGCGACGCGGAAGCGCACGAGGUUGGACUCGGACGACUCGGACGAAUACUACUGCGACCUGUACGCUUUCUACAACGGCGCCAAGCACCAGCACCAGCACCAGCAUCAGCAUCAGCAUCAACAGCCUCCCCCCCGCAAGAUGCUCCCUCUCCCUCCUAAGCGAGCACGCAUACAUCACGGCGGUCACGGCGAUCUUCGCCACCACAGGAGCCAACCUUCUGCCACGACCGUGACCGCGGCGGCGGCCGUCCCUGCCACGGCGAGGGAAUCCAUCACCACGCCCUGCCACAUCUGCUCGCGCCACCCGACACGCAAGACGCACCUCGACUCGUUCGCCCACUGCCAGGGCUGCGGCCAGUGGACCUGCUACGUAUGCAUCAGGCAGUGCCAGGGCUGGGGCAGCACGUCGGCCGCCGCGCUCUCGGAGCAGGAGGCCCUCUCGCGAUCCUUCCAGACCCUCCCAGACGCAGGGGACGACGACAGCAACGACGAGGACGACGACGGUAGCCGCCGCCGCCGCCGCCACGAUGCCUGGACGUCGUGGAGGGCCCCCGUUCACCAGAGCAUAGUCUGUCGGACCUGCUGCGUCGAACAUGCCAGGCUCGGCGGGGAGGUGGCCUGCUGGGCAUGUCACCUCGCCCUCGACGGCAGUGUCAAUUAA